AUGUCAGAAGCCGAAAAUUCAUUCAGACAACAAUUCUCUAGUUGGACAACUAGAACCACCGGUGGCGGAGCUCAAACAUCAAGUGGAUUCCCAGCAUUAUCAGAAUGGUCAGAUUAUGUCAAAACAGGAGCCAAUGACUUAUACACUUCCCUUCCCACCUAUAACGGCGGAGCUACUGCCACGGAAGAACCGUCAUGGUUCAAGCUUUCAAGAUUCGAAAAGCUUUUGGGGUUUUUAUGUUGUCUUGGAGGUUCAUUGCUUUGCUUUGUAGUAUGUUUCUUCCUUUUCCCUGUACUUGCAUUGAAACCUAGAAAAUUUGGUUUAUUAUGGUCAUUGGGAUCAUUGUUAUUUGUAUGUUCAUUUGGAAUACUUCAGGGACCUUAUUCUUACACUCGUCAUUUGAUAUCACUGGACAGAAUCAUCUUCACCAGUGUCUUUUUUGGGUCUGUAUUAUCCACCAUAUAUUGUCUGGUAGUCCUUAAAAGUACAAUUUUAACUAUCUUGGCUAGUGUGGUUGAAAUAUUUGCAGUUGCUUAUUAUACCCUUAGUUAUUUCCCAUUUGGAGCUCAGACAGUUACUUGGUUUAGCAGCUAUUUCAUUGGAUAUAUCGGGGGAUUCAUAGGAGGAAUAUUCUAA